AUGAAGUGCGUGCUAGUUGUGCACAGUGGAGAUGAACGCAUGCAGCGCUCCUGCGACCUUCCAGAUGGAGUGUCCACCCAAGAGCAGCUGCGGGCCUUUGUGCAGUCGCAGGAUCUUCGACUCGACUCCCUGGACUUCACCUUCGCGGUUAGCCUGGCGAAGUUGACGGCUGGGGCGGCAGAGAAGAAGGGAGAAAAAGUCGUCCUGCGCAAAGAUGCGGAUGUGCAGCAGCUGCUCAAAACUGCGAAGCAGCAGCGGGCCACUCACGUUCUCACCUUUGAGGUCACCAUUUCUGGGAACUCCUCCGCGCCUCGGAAGCUGGGCAAAUUCCUGUCUUCGGAGUACGCGGUGGACAAAGACUUGGUGACGCUGCAUGUUUUCGCCCCGUUCACCUGCCCAUCCCGCGGCAACAACCCGGGCUACCAAGAGAAGAUGUUCAUCAUUCCGACGAGGUUUGUACUGGAAAGUCUGGCGCGGGCUGUCGAGGACACGCUGAGCAGUAAACUGACUAAUAGCGGCAUGAAGCUGGUACUGUACACGAUGCCACAGAAGCCCAACGGUGACCAGGUCGAAAUCAUGGACGACACAGCGGCUUUGCAGCUGCUGCGCCGGCACGCGUCACAGCGCACACCGGUUCGACUCACCUACGCCACCCGCACGCGAACCCCGAAAACUUCGUCGGGCCAGAUGAGCAGACGGGCAAGUCAGCAGCAAUUCACAGCCCUGCACCCGCCGUCACCGCCACCUCCACCCAGCACCGAAGCGUCCAGCAAGCCGCAGCCGCAUCUUUCGUCUCUCUCGAACUUGGCGAGCGAGCCGUCAAGCAAGUCCUCAAAAGAGCCUCCUUCACAGGCCCCUCCAGAGCCGAAGAGCACGGCCUCAUCCCCGCGGCCGUCUCGAAAGGACCCUACUCCGUCGUCGUCUGCGCCACCAUCAUCACCGCCACCGGCAGCGGAGGAGGCCUCCUCCGCUGCCGAGUCCGCCCCCACCCCACAUCGCGUAUUCCUGCGCGAGACCGCCAUUCCUGCCACCAAGUACGAGGUGCGAGUGCAGGUGCGUCCAGUUGAAACCGAAGGUUCUGCCGCCGCUGCUCCCCUUCAAGAGAUGUCUUUUGUGUACACGAAGGAAGAAGUGCAGCUGUGGCGUCGCUUUGCGACAGAGUGUGAGGCAUCAGUAGGUGCCAGGACGGCGAAGCACGUGCCGGUGCUCUCCAAUGACGCGUCUGUGUGCCUCGACUCUGACAGCGUGCUGCGGGAGUGGCUGGCGCUUGCAAAGGAGUCUCAGCAGCCGUUGCGGGUGCGCCUGUCACUCCGCCAUCCCGCCCCGCCACCGCCAGCCAACACAGACGCACCGGCCGCACUUACGCCAGAAUCGUCAGUUGCUGACCGGGAUGCAGCUCCAGCAGGAUCAGAUGCUGCCGCUUCCAACACAACGGAGUCUGGCUCUUCCCCGGUCGGCAGAAAGAAGCUGAUGCGUAACAGAACGCUUAGUAGCCGCAGCGGUAGCGCAAUGCCCUCGCCCGACACCGCGGCCCCGGCGGCUUCAUGCCUUCUGCCACUCCACAGUGGAGGCACUUCAGACAGCAGCGGAGCCGCGCAGAGAGAUGUGUCAUCGUCUCAGCAGCAUUCACACACGCCCCUCCAGGACACCUCCGCAUCUUCAGCACCUCAGAAAGGAUUACCCACGAAGGUGGGCGCAGCACCACCAAGCACACACCACGCUCCUCUCUCGCCAAAUGCUGCCUCCUCAGCCGGCGCAGAAUGCGCUAGGGACGCUACGGCGAAGGCAUCUGAGGAGGAUAGUGUCGAAGCAGAUGCGCCGCCUCUCGUGAUCCGUACGGCUGCAGGCAUUUCCAGUACAUCCGUGACGGCUGCAUGCCUGCCAUGCGUAUGCGAGGCCGACAGCGGUGACACCUCGUCGGUUAGAUUUCAAGUUUCCGCGCGUUGGGGAGAUGAGCAGCAAAUGAUGCUUUUCCGCCUACGAGAAGGCACCGCCUUAGAUGACAUCCGCCGUGCUGUUCUCGAUGCCUUUUUCAGCGGCGUUGCUGGCGCUGACGAUGUGCUACCUCUUACGAUGGAGGUGCGCUAUGUAGCUGCGGGGCAGCUCCUCUGCUUACCGCUUGUUGACGAGGCGCAGCUGCUUGAUCUCCGGGGAGGGCUUUUGGUGGACUCGGCGGAGAUACACGUCACGGCGCCGGCGACUCCGCCACCUCCUCGACGCGUGGAAGAGGCGAGCGGGAACAACAGUGGCACGGCGCAGGUCGCAGCGGUUGUCCUGCAGCUGCUUGCAGAUGCGGUGGUGCAGCACUUGGGCCCCCGUCCACUCGUCUCAAGUGCCGAAAUCAGCGACCUUGUGCGUACUCAGCUGGGCAAGCAGGCGGCAACCGAUCCCUUUCGCGGAUUCCUGGACGGCGCCGUCGCCACUCCGUUUGAUGCACCCACUCCCGAUGCUGAUGGUACCGCCUCUUGGGGCGCGCAUGUCGUGCCGUGGCUCUCCUCUGUGCUUGCCGGGAUGCAGGCACCCCCACCGGCAGCUGCAGAGGUUGCUGUGGAAGUCGCCUCAUCGUUGCUCCGCUCACUCCUGUGCGAUAAAGAUUUUCUUCUUGAUCAGCUCGCCGCUUCCGUCCGUCUUGUCGGUGACAGUGAUGAAAGCAGCGAGACUGGAGCCCCGGGCACCACUGUUCGCCCGUCUCUCGCCGCCUUAUGGACUGACGCCGGUCUCGAAACUCCGAAAAGCUCCUCGAGAGCGGAGUGGAACCCCUUUCGCGCAGCGUACGUCGGCGGUACAUCUGGGUGGAAGGCAGCGUACGCGGCGGCCCCUGCCGCUAUGUUAGACUUGAUUGCUACCGGAGUAAUGGACGGCGUGUGGGCCUUUCCUCGCCGCAGAGACGCGCAGGCCGACAUGGUGUGGCAGCGCAGUCUCGCCAUGGCCCACCGUGAGUGCUGCGAGUCGAUCAAUCCCACAGAACUGGAGCGGUACUUCAAGUCGGGAGACUGCCCCAAUGGCGACGGUGCACUUGAACACCGUCGCAUCAUCUUGAGCUGCGUUGGUGCGCUGCUGGCUCCACCAUCGGCGUCAGUCAGCGAUUAUGCGGAAUGGCUCACGCAGCACUUCCGGGGCAAGGUGGCGACGGUUCUCUACACGAACAUGAUCGACUACGACAGCAGGUCGUCCCUCUCUGUCUUCCAUGUCACUCAGAUGUCGUGGAUACUACUUCACCCGCAGCUGAGCCUCAUCGGCAAAACUGCUUCGUCGCUGACAGCCCUCCAACGACUCCACGCAUGGGCCCUCCUCGCCACAGCGCGUGUGUGUCAACGACUCCACGUGCCCUUCCCUCCGUGUCCUUUACUUCACAUUCACAAGGGAUCCCCGGUGCCUUUUGCCGGACGUGCUCUUCCAGCUGCAGUCGCAGCAGCCACCGACGCGGAGACCGCGAUGCCGAAGCCAGGGGCGUUCUUUCGCCCUCCGUGUGGUGUCGCUGCUGCUGACGCUCCUGCUGCUGCGCUGCUUCGCCCUUCACCUCCAUCAGCUAGUGCGUCACCCGUGUCAGCUCACCAGGCGGCCCCACGGAAGGUGCAGUACGCGUGCAAGUACAACUUCGACGCAUUACACCGCCCCGUUCAACGAGGCAGUGACGACGCUGAGUAG